UGCAGAGUUGGGGUGACCUUCCUUGCGCACCCCCGCCGCAGCCCCUGCUGUCCCCGUCCUCGGUCGCGCGCUGGACUCGGGGUCCGGUGACGUCAGACCCUUCAUCCUGGGGCCUUGUCCGUGAACCUCUCUUUGGGACCUGGGAUGGGAGCGCGAGUGGCCCUCCCUGCCCAAAGCGCCCAGGUGACCCGUGUGUCCCCACCCUCCCUCUCCUGCGGCGACCUUCGGUUCUGGAUAGAGACGUGGGCGGGCCGCUGUGGGCCAGCCGUGCCACCAUGGCAGAGAAGGUGAACAACUUCCCACCGCUGCCCAAGUUCAUCCCGCUGAAGCCAUGUUUCUACCAAGACUUCGAGGCCGACAUUCCCCCGCAGCAUCUCAGCAUGACCAAGCGCCUCUACUACCUCUGGAUGUUGAACAGCGUCACACUGGCCGUGAACCUGGUGGGCUGUCUCGCGUGGCUGAUCGGAGGUGGGGGAGCCACCAACUUUGGCCUGGCCUUUCUCUGGCUCAUCCUCUUCACGCCCUGCUCCUACGUCUGCUGGUUUCGGCCCAUUUACAAAGCCUUCAAAACUGACAGCUCCUUCAGCUUCAUGGCGUUCUUCUUCACCUUCAUGGCGCAGCUGGUCAUCAGCAUUAUCCAGGCUGUGGGCAUCCCAGGCUGGGGCGUCUGCGGCUGGAUUGCCACAAUCUCCUUCUUUGGAACAAACGUCGGCUCAGCUGUGGUCAUGCUCAUCCCCACCAUCAUGUUCACAGUCAUGGCUGUCUUCUCCUUCAUCGCCCUCAGCAUGGUUCAUAAGUUCUACCGGGGCAGUGGAGGGAGUUUUAGCAAAGCACAGGAAGAGUGGACCACAGGUGCAUGGAAGAAUCCGCACGUGCAACAGGCGGCCCAGAACGCGGCUAUGGGGGCAGCCCAGGGAGCUAUGAGCCAGCCGCAGCCCCAGUACUCCACCACCCCCAGCUACACGUACUCCAAUGAGAUGUGAGCCCUCCACACCCGCCUGGAGGCAGGGCCAGGGCAAGGGACAGGGGUUUGAGCCACAUCAGCUGUGGUGACUAAGCAGGGUUCCCUUCUCCCUCUCCUCUUUCCCCUACUUUGUACAAAGAAUCAGAUAUAUGUAAUUAUAUAUCUGUAUCUGUCCACCUCUGCCCCCACCCCCCGGGCCACAGGCUGCAUAUGGAGCCAGCCUGUGCCGUGGCCACUGCAUCCCCAUCCCCUUGUGAAGUAGUGCAGUGGAGGUCUCUUGUCGUGGUGCUAGAUAUAUGUUUAGAGCCAAACCAGCGCCCCCUCCACCAUGCAACUCCCUCUGACCCUUGCCUGGGUGCCCGUGCCCUCUGCAGGCUCGAGCUGAAUCCACUUCCACCUGGCUCCUGCUGAGAUGAAAUGGGAUGUCCCUUUGCUCCUUGGGACCCAUCCAGGCUCCUCCCUUUGUCUCUUCCCUGCCUUUAGCUCACCCAUGCACUUCCCUUGCCCAGGGUUUCUCUUCCCUGAGUGGCUUUUCUUUGUCCCCCUGAGGCUGAGUAUCCUAGUUGUAUCUUCUCUGAGACCUAGCCCAGAUUCCAAGUGCAAACUGAUUUCCAGCUCCAUGAAGCCAGCAGAGGACUGAGCCACAGCUCUGACAUGGGGGACUCUCAGCUGGUCAUGCAGAGCCCUGGGGAGUACCAGGCUCCUAGGAAAGGAAAUGUAGGCCUGGUUUCCUUGGCUCUCAGCUUGGUGACAGAGGCAGGCUCUCUCUCCCGUGCCUUCCCCUUCUCUGCCUCCAACCCCCUCAAGCAAGCCCCCCAUCACCUCCUCACGCCCCCUCUGCCUUCUCUGAACAGCUGGGUCUUGCUGGGCAGGUAUCAUCCAUACCUCGAAGCUGGAGCAAAGACUAUAAGUAAUAUGGGUCCCUAGCAGAGACUGGCCCGCCCCGGCCUGCAGGGUUCCUACCUAGACUCUGUGUGAUGGAUGGCUGGGUUUCUGGAAGUGUAGCUCUUCUGCUGAAUUGACGGGAGGAGAGCUCAGAGGACAGGGAGCAGGACUCUCGAAAACAGCCUAUGUCUCUACCCAGCCUGCUCCCGGCCACAGGGCAGCCCUGGGCAUUUGCACUUAGGUCCAGGAAGAGGUGCCAGGCACCAUCCCUAUUGUAAGCACAAAGGCCAGAAGAAGGAUUCUGUAGGGGCAAACAGGAGGGAGUUAGUUUAGCUUUGAUUUUCCACAUUUAGAUAAGUUGCUCUUCCCUGCCUGCAGAACUUGGUUCCUGGCCUUUCCUCACCUCACUUCCAGGCCUGAGGCUGUUCUAUUUUUUUUUUUUUUUUUUUUUUUGUCUUUUUCAAAUGAAAGAGGCUGUUCUAUUCAAGCAAAGGGUGGCCGCUGCUCUGAGGAAGGGUGAGGGGGUGGUGACGGUUUGCUCAUCUAGGGAGCAGCUGCCUGACCCCACCACCUUGUUCUGACAGAGCCUCCUUAUCCAACUCCCCAGCUAACUGGACAGGUGCCCUGGCUCCAUGUGGAGCUCAGUACCAGGGUUUUCCAGUGGCUUCUCUUCCCUAUGAGAGGAGCACAGGUCCUCCGCAGAGUCCUCUCCCUGAUGGUCCCUCAGUUUGAGCCCCAUGCUGUGAUUGGUUCUCUUCUCUGCCAUUCCCUCUGGAGAGCAGCUAUCCCAGCCUCUAGGUCCAGCCCCUUCCUCUCCUUUCCUUCUGCUUACCCCAGACUUCUGACUCCCUUUCCCUUUAUCCCUCUGGUCAUUCUGGAGUGCUGUGGUCCAGCUGCCAGCCUAGCAUUUGCGAUAUGUUGGAUGCCACCUCCAAUCAAUUUUCUGUCCCAUUCCUCUUUCCUGGCUGAGACCUACAUAGCCAGGCCUGGCGCUGCCCUGGGGAAAGCUUAUCUCCUGCACCCAGCCCGGCUCGCUCAGGCCCUGGGAUGCUGCACCUCCCAGCAACUAUGCACUUCCUGGGAGGGAACCCAUAUGAGCUAUGGGGCCAGGCAUGGGCCCACCUUGGCCCAGGAAUCUGGAGGAGGGCCCAGUGGUUCUGGGAUCUGCAGGUCUGUGGCCAGCCAGAGACCUGCUUCUGCAUUCUCCUGGUGCCCACUGCCCUCCUCGUUUCUGGGAAACAGACCAUUCCCUGGCUGGCAGUUGACCUGUCUGAGCCAAUGUGUCUAUCUGUGGUAACUGAGUGAACCAUAAUAAAGGGGAACAUGUGGUCCA